GCUUGACGGGUCAUUCAAAUGAAAGCUUCGCUCAUAAAACUAUGAUGGUAAAGCGGGAUUCACUAUUCAGAAACUAAAAAUGGUAAUCUACGGUACACUUCUCUGCUUCUAAGGUUAAUGGUUCUAUGACAAGCACCCUCCUGAUUUGCCAUGGCGUACCCGUUCUUUGUUCCUGAUCACUUCAUCACGCCUCCCCCCGACGACCAGCUACAGAAUGGUUUAGUAAAGCAUCUCAUUCUACGCGGAGAUGACGUCCAUUCCUUCUCCUAUAAACAAAUUCAAGACAGCUUGCUAUUGCAGUACUUGAAGAGAAAAACAAGUGCCUCAAUUCUUGACAAACUUUUGAUUGUUUGCUUUCUUCCACGUGUUCGAGGGGAUUGGAGUUAUUCACUGGACAUUCUCAGACGUGGUAUCUGCCUUGAAGGAUUGUGUUAUCGAUUCUUGGGUCAUUCUCAGCUACAGCUCCAGGAAAAGACUUGUAUCCUCAUUAAGCACUCAGACAUCGCGAUAUACGACAUCCUCUCUCGAUUCAUUGACUUUUUCCAAGUUCGAAAUCCAGCCAAGAGAGCCGAGUGCAUCAAUUUGUUGUUGACAGAAUUUGCGAUUAAACUUCAUCUCCCUCAGCAGGAGUACUUCGAAAUAGAAGAUGAUCGAAAAGGAAGGCACAAUUUCACUCAUGGUUGUGGAUUUAUGUCCAGUGGGUUUGCCUCUGAAAUCCAGCAAGCAACACAGUGUUGUACCACACCCAGCGCUGCCCUGGUGCUUUACCAAGGUACAAUUGGAAUGCUCGUUACCCAUCGUGACAUGGCAGGCUCAAAGGUUGAGUUUCGUCAGUCAAUGAGGAAAUUCGUUAUUGCUGAUAGAGAGCUAUCAGAAAAUGUUACAACGUUUGCUGUGUUGGAUUACUCUCGACCUUACACCAGUGGUUACCUGAAUAUACAAACUGUGAUGCUAUUGGCUGUUCGAGGUGUAUCACAUGACUACCUCAAACAACUCCAAGAAGAUUACUACGCUAUGCUAGAAAACCUCUGUACAAAUAGAUCACGGGCGGCGUAUUUCUUGAAAACAACAGGAAAUACUGAACUCCUUCAAAUGCUGCAGGUAACAGGCUUGAAAGGAAUCACCGAAAUGUUGGAAAGGUUAAGAGGAAGUGAGCUUGAGAACAUGAGGAAGUGCGACCAAAUUGAAGGAGGUCGGAAUCUCCCCAACCCGUAUUACGGUACUAAAACGUCACUCCGUGUCCUGGUGCCCAAAUCCCGUAUAGUCCUCGGGGUUAGUGAUCCAUGUGGUAAUCUUAAGUACGGCGAAUGCUACUUCAAACCGACCUUGGUAUCUGAGGAGGAAGAAGGAGAGUUUGAUGAGGUCGAUCAAGUAGUUGUCAUCCGUCACCCUAGUUACCACACUGGUGAUGUCCUCAUUCUUGAUGUCCAGCGGAAUGCCCCAGAAUAUGAGCACCUCAGAGACUGCCUCGUCUUUCCUGUCAAGGGAGCCUCACCCCACGCACUGGAAUGCGGAGGAGGAAACUUGGACGGUGAUAAGUUUCUCGUCAUUUGGGACAGAAAUCUUAUUCCAACAACUAAACCAUCCCCAUAUAAUUAUGGCCCUAGUACGCUUAAGUACGUUGGGAGUAGCAUUUCUGAAGCUCUGGAUGAUUCUCUGUCGAACCUGGGGAACCUAAUGCGAGCGCAGGCUAGAACCGUCUGUCGUUCAGUAUUAGGUACCAACAAUAGAUAUGAACGAAGGGUGAAGAUUGCUACCAUGUAUGAACUAACCGAGUACUUUGCUGAACAUGUCCCUGAUUUGUACUAUCGGUUUGACUGUCUAUUCAUGAACUUUGCAUCGCUUCUAGGCCCCUCCAGUAAAGAGUGCAGGCAGUUGCACGAGCAGUAUGCGCAGUUUGUAUCAGAGGUUACCGAUAAGCAGGAAUUCCAGGCCUUUUUAGAGAAAUACGAAGAUGAGUUCCAAGUGUUGAAAGAAUYUUCAGGAGUCGAGAAAAGUAUCCCUACGCAAGCACUCAAAGGUAUUCUGGUACAAACCGGUUUGUCCAAACCUGCAUUCCAACAAGGAGAUGAUGUCUGGGAAAAAAUGGAGCAAAGAUCUAAAGAAUUCAUCGAUAGAUUUUUCUAUGGUUCGUAAAUAUAAACUAGUGUUGGAGCAUUCUCAUAGCAACAUAAAAUGCGAUUUGUGAUACUGAAUCAAUGAAUAGUGAACAGAAUUGUUUUAUCAGUUUUUGUAUGUUCACUUCAGUUUCAGUCUUAUGAAGAAAAAAUAAAUAAAAAACCGGCAAUAUUUUAAAGAACAUUAAUACAGCAUAUAUUUUUGUAGCUAGACUGUAUUAUAGCAUCUUACCUAACGAGAAUUGCUUGAUGAGCAAUGCAACAUUUUGGUCUAUCGCCACAUAUUAUUUGAUAGUGUUAGACAUGGCAUCAGUUUGAAAACCUGUCAAAUAUUCCACAUAUCACAAACACCAUGUAUGGUCCCUUGGUAAUGUUAGUCGAUGUGCAAUAUUAUGAGCCGUUUGACCAACCAAGAAUAUGUUUGAUGCAAUGUUGGUCUGCUUAGAAUAAUCGCUCCAUUUCUAAUGUAGUUUGUCUAUAAACCAAUAAAAUAUGUAGAAUACUAUACCACUGUGUUUAGUACUAAUGGCGCUAAGUGUAAGUGUUUAGAAAUAUAUGAUUAAAAAACUUUUGUUUUUCCCAAAGCAGUCUCAGUCUAUAGUUUUCGCUGAUACACUGUUACGAGAAUACUACUGAAAAGUCAAUAAAAGAUUAAAAAACAUGA